UUUUGGAAAUUCUUUUUUCUUUCGUGAUUUUGUCACAUACAUAUUACAUUAUAUUCAGGUUUCCGCUAUGAAAAUCCCACUAAUCCUGUUGCUGGUUGUUUCAAUUCAAUGUUUCUAUGUGAGAAACCAGACUGAAGACUCGAUGGCAGAAGGAUUACGUUCGAAGGAUAAUAGUAUCGAAUUGUUCGGUCAACGCGUGGAGGUGCCGUCGUGGUUGAAUACGGCAGCUGAGAAAACAAGAGGAAUGUUUGACUCUGUGACAGGUCUUUUCGGAAAGAGUACAGCCACGUCGCGCAGAUCGUCGGACGGCUUGAUGACAAAUCUGAAGAAGGAUGAGGCGACAAGGAUUUGGUUUGCAGUCUAUCUCAACAUCAUUCUCGUUGCUCUGAUUUACGUUUUCAUCACGAUUAAGCUGGCACUCAUGUCACUGAGCGAAGGAAAAACUGAGCGCAAGAAACGGAACACCUUCAGUUCACACGUUGCCUACGAUUCCCCCGACUAUAAUGUCCCAUUGACCAGUAUUGCAACAAGAGAGAUUCCAAGAGGUCCCGUUCAAGAUGAAGAUUUCGAGAUGGCUUUGGAAGUCCGAGAGGAUGAGCAAAUCGCCAUUCCGAACCCUGAUCUCCGCAGUGAUUUAUCCACGGAAUUUGAUGAUAAUCACUAGUUCUAAUUCAUGUUCAAAAUUUUUGUAAAUAGCAUCACUAAUCUAUUCCAAUUUGACAGGUUCCUAUUGCACGAGUAUUUCUUCAUAAACACGGUUAUUCGU